UUCUUCUUCUUCUUUUUAAAUUCUAUAUUCCACCGUAAAUGAACCAAAACUUAACCAUACCCGUUUGCCAAGAUGGUCAGAUAUAUUUAAUUAAACAAAAUAUUGGUCCAACUCCAAAUUGCUGAUCUUCAUUCAUUUUUCUUGUAUUAGAGUUUUUUUUUUCAAUAUUUUGUUGCAAAAACGAAACGCCAACAAACACCGCACAUAUCUCAUAAUCCAAUCACUGUUCCUUCGUUUCCACUUCUUCCCUUACCAAAAACCGAAAGGCCUUCCUCAACUACUGUAAUACUUCAAAACCAGAAAAAUUUAUUUUAUCUUUAAUUUCUCCCUAGUAUUGUUGGAUAAAGAUUCAAUCUUUGUUGGGUUUAAAUGAGAUGAAGAGACGGUUGUAAUGGAGCCGCCACAGCAGCAGAUAAAAAGGACCCAAAAGAACAGGGGUUUCUAUGUGAGGAUGAAGCUUUUGCAGCACAAGCAUGGAAGACCCCAUGAAAAGUCUUGCUUUUUCAGAUACUACAAAUGGCUUCUUUGGCUUUCUUUGACUCUUUACUUCUUCAGCCCCUAUCUCAUCACCACCACCACAAACACCAACACCAACGACAACAAAAAUCCCACCUUUCUUUCCAAAACGCGUGUCGUUUCCGCCUCUUCUCGCGCACUCAUUGAAUUCACCGGCUCCGAUUCUCAAUCCCAUAUUCUCCAACAAACCCACGAUCAACAAGGGUUGUUGUCGUCGUUAAAAGACUUGAAGAUAUACGUAUACGAUUUGCCACCCAAAUACAACACGGACUGGCUCAACAACGAGAGGUGUAGCAACCACUUGUUCGCGUCGGAGGUGGCCAUACACAGAGCCCUGUUGACCAGCGACGUACGGACGUUUGACCCUUACGAGGCCGACUUAUUCUUCGUCCCCAUCUACGUCUCCUGCAACUUCAGCACCGUCAAUGGCUUCCCCGCCAUCGGCCACGCCCGCUCUCUGUUAUCCUCCGCCGUCAACCUCAUCUCCUCCGAAUACCCUUUCUGGAACCGCACCCUCGGCUCCGACCACGUCUUCGUCGCUUCUCACGACUUCGGCGCUUGCUUCCACACCAUGGAGAACGUGGCGAUUGCGGAUGGAAUACCGGGGUUUUUGAAGAAGUCAAUAAUAUUGCAGACGUUCGGGGUCAAAGGCAAACACCCAUGUCAAGACGUUGAGAAUGUUGUGAUACCGCCGUACGUGUCGCCGGAGAGCGUACGUACAACGCUGCAGAGAGCUCCGGCGAACGGCGGGCGAGACAUUUUUGCCUUCUUCCGUGGGAAAAUGGAGGUCCACCCGAAGAAUGUUAGUGGCCGGUUUUACAGCAAGCGGGUGAGGACGGCGAUAUGGAGGAAAUACGGCGGAGACGGGAGGUUUUACCUGCAAAGGCAUAGGUUUGCCGGUUACCAGUCAGAGAUUGUACGGUCAGUGUUCUGUUUGUGCCCGCUUGGGUGGGCUCCGUGGAGCCCGAGGCUGGUGGAGUCCGUGGUUUUGGGGUGCGUGCCGGUCAUAAUCGCGGACGACAUCCGGUUGCCCUUCCCGGAGGCGGUGCGGUGGGCGGAGAUAUCCCUAACGGUGGCGGAAAGGGACGUUGGAAAGUUGGGAAUGAUUAUGGAACACGUGGCGUCGACCAAUCUCACUGCCAUACAAAAGAACCUCAUGGACCCCACCGUUAGGCGGGCCCUACUUUUUAACAAUCAGAUCGAACAAGGGGACGCCACAUGGCAGGUCCUUUCAGCUCUAGCCAACAAGCUGGACCGAUCCUACCGCCGCUCGAUGGCUUCCAGCCAAUGAGUAUCCGCCACGUAGGUUGUCUUUAGUGGGUUCUACAUUGCAGCCAAUGAGGUGCUUUGAACGGCGAGGAUGGGUUUCUUGUUUGUUUGCAUGCAAACUGUAGUGGAGGACAGCUGGGUUUUCUUGGACUUCUCGUCUACGUCAGAGACAGAAUUUUUAUAGCGGGGACUGGUGGGACCGGGGGAGCAGCCAUUUAAAGAGGUUUCGGGAUUUUGGCAUUGACAUGUGAGCCCUAUGCUGAGUCGGCAUUCUGUGGUUGGAUGCUUUUUCGGUGUCUUUGUGACGAAUAUAAUCAUACAUAGGUACAUAACAGCACUAUGUGUGGGAGAACAGUUUUGGCCUUUGGGAAAAAAAAAAAAAAAAAAAAAGAGGAGAAAAUAAUGGGUUCCUGCGGAGUGUACAAUAGCCGGUUCGUGUAUAAGAUAAACAAGUAUAUAAUAACCCGUCAACGUUAUUGUA